UAGAUCGAUCGGAUUCCACGCGGCUGCACGUGGUGCCCGCUCCUAUAAACGCCGCGUCGUGCGUCUUCCUCCCGCUUCCAUAUUCAAUUCGUCUUCCCCUUGAGAAAGCCCCCGAGAAGAGGAAGCUAGCUAGAGGCAACCGGCGGCCAUGGCGGGGCUGAUUGACAAGGCCAAGGAGUUCGUGGCGGACAAGAUCGCGCACAUGCCCAAGCCGGAGGCGACGCUGGACAAGGUGAGCUUCAAGGGCAUGACCCGCGACGCCAUCACCGUGCACAGCCACGUCAACGUCACCAACCCCUACUCCCACCGCAUCCCCAUCUGCGACAUCACCUACACCCUCAAGUGCGGCGGCAAACAGGUCGCGUCCGGCACGAUCCCGGACCCGGGCUGGAUCGAGGACAGCGGCGAGAUCACCAAGCUGGAGGUGCCGGCCAAGCUGCCCUACGACUUCAUCAUCACGCUCAUCAAGGACCUGGGCAGGGACUGGGACAUCGACUACGUCCUCGACGUCGGCCUCACCAUCGACCUCCCCAUCAUCGGCAACUUCACCAUCCCGCUCUCCACCUGCGGCGAGUUUAAGCUCCCCACCAUCGGCGACUUCUUCGGCGGCAACAAGGAACCUGCUACCGCCACUGAGUAGGCAAAGGCAUGGUUGCCUGAGAGCUGCUCUGCUCGAUCUAGCUUGCUUUUCGAUGACAAUAAUAAGCAAAUAUGCAUCGUUGACUUCUCCAAA